AUGUCUUCUCAGGCGAAGCCGACCCUCUUUCCUGGCAUUUCCGCCACUGAGACCAAGCUUUUGGUCCUGGCCAAUGUCUGCCUGAAGAAUGACAAGAUCGACUACGACAAGCUUGCUGCAAAUGCUGGCAUCAAAGCCUCGUCUGCUCACACGCUCUUCCGCACUGCGAAGCGCAAGCUAGACAAGCUGUACGCUGAUGACCACGCCAAUGGGGAUGGUGCCAGUGCCAGUGCUCCCAUGUCGCCUGAGGAUUCUUCUUCCAAGCGCGGAAAGGCAAACGCAAAGGCGCCUCGCGCUAUCAAGUCUCCCAAGACCCCCAAGUCGGCCAAGGCUACCAAGGGUGACGAGGCUGCUAUCAAGUCCGAGGCAGCCGACGACCAGGAGGUCUCCGUGAAGCUCGAGUUUAGCCCUUUCACUGAUGAUUUUGAUUUCGCCGCUGGCCUCACUGAGGAUACUACCCACAAGGCCGCUAUUGCCGCUGCUGAGCCUGUCACUGAAACUGCCACUACCGCUGAUGCAAUCAAGCCCAAGACUGAGGAGGAGCAUGCAAAAGUCAAGGCCGAUGAGAACAACGACGCUGUGCUUGACCUGGCUGUGAACCAGCAACUCCCUGAGUCCCCACUGCCCGAUGAAGAGGGUGAUGCCUGCAAGCAAGAAAAGGCUCAGGAGAACGGCCAGCUUGAGAAUUAA